CUGGCGGCAGUGGGGGACGAACAUUCGACGGAGGAAGCGAAGAAAGUCGCUCAAAGAUUCGUCGGUCGAUUGGAGAAAUGUGAAUGUGGGCGCUGCUGCAACUUGUCAUCACCAUCCAUGCUCGACGAACAUCGCGAGUCCAUGCGUGCACAGGAGAGUCGGUAAUAUGGAUGAGUUGCCGGCCGCAGAAGGAAGCGAUCGAGUGCCGUGGUAGGACUGCCGGGUUGAUGGAGUGAUUCGCGAGGCGAGGGAGGAAGGGAGUCGGUCGGUGGGAUCGAUCGCAGAGCGCGCGGAGCAAUGCCAUUGGACAUUCGGGAAUGGAGUGACAAUCCGACGAUUCUCCGCCUCGGAGUCUCCGGCAUUUGGCAUUCGGCAUUCGGCAUCCUCUUUCCUUCCGCCAUGGAGUUGAGUGGAGGGCUCCCAGACCGGAACAGUUCCAGCCCUGCUUUCUGCUAGGACGGCCAGGUGGUGCUCGAGACGCGCAGCCAAAUAUCUGCCGUUUUGGCGGGGAUCGUGAAUCGAUGACAGAUUUUGCGCUACAGGAUUUGGAGCUCAUCACGGACGAAUAAUUCUGUGCAUUGUACUGGAUUGCGUGUGCUUCUUUUGGCCCUCGCGUUUCCGGGGAAGAGAGGAAAGGGCCUAGUCCCUGCAGGCCGCUCCGGGUUGAUCGUGGAUCAGGCGAAAUUUCUCUAGCCGCGAUGGUUCGCUUAAUGGCGGAUUCGAUGUUACUCUGAGCCUAAAGGAGUACGGUGGAGUUGAAAUUUUGCGUUGGUCGGGAAGGCCAGGACGAGAAAGUGGAGUUACCGUAUACGAGGAGCAGCGAGCAGAUUUUUAGGUGGUUUUGCGUUCAUUCACAGUUGGGGAGUAAUAUGUACUUGGAACAAUUGGGUAAUGAAUUUGGGAGUCGCUUUUUCAGCGGGCCGACUUGAAUCAUCUGUAGGCGAUUUCUUUAUUUCGAAUGCUCGAAAUUAUUCGGUCUACUUUAAAAGCAGGAAUUGGAAGUCAACAGCACACCCACCUCAAUGGCUAGGACGAUUUGAAAAUAAGGAGGUGAAAGCUAUGUUGGGCAUGAAGUUGCAGUGCUCGCUUUUAACUUUCCUCUAUCUUUAAUUUUAGCACGGGAUACUGCCUGCCGAAGUCAUAUGUCAGAUCACGCAAAUUUUAAACAUGGGCAUCUGAAGUCAUCAUCAAUGAAACUUAUUCUUUUACCAGCGUCAGCUCUGGAAUGUUUUGAAGGCAGUCGUGUGUAGGUUUUGGUGUUUUUUUCUCGGAGAUGUUCUAAGUUUCAAUAUUCUCUACAGUUCAAGGUAGAGUAGAUGCUUUGGAAAGAAUAGCUUUCGCAAAAUGUCAGCCCGAGGAAUUGCCAGCAACGGAGGAUCUCUAGGACCUCUUGUUCUGAACUCAAUAUCUGUGGAGGAGCGUGCUGCCAGAGCUACGUACGAAAAAGCUGAAGCUGAGAAACGGCUCCUUGAGGCUGAGGUUCGGUUACGAGAAGCCAUUGCAGAACUUCACAAGAACCAAAAGAAGAAGGCUACGUACAGUACGCUAUUCAGCGGGAGACAUCCCCUUUGCCAGCAUGGCGAUUCGUGCGUGGCGAAUUCUGUGGGAAGUCUCUGUCAAAGCUUCAUGCUGGCCUAUGGUGUGCGAGUCGGAAUAGGAGUUCUUCUGAGGGCCUUCAAGCUAGCCAGAAAGCGGCCAUACUAUUCGUUUUUGGACUUGAAGCUUCUUUUGGGCGAGAACAAUUUGAUCGUCCGGGAAGAGGCUUGUCGCACAGGCUUACUUUUUGGUGGCUUUACUGGCUGUUUUCAUGCAAUCCGAUGCUUUCUGCGGAGGAAAAGUGGAACGGACUCUCCUCUGAACGUGUUUUUGGCAGGUGGAGUAGCAGGAUUAUCUAUCCUUGCAUUGGAUGACUCUCAAAGAAGACGCACCUUCGCUCUCUAUCUUCUGGCUAGAGUUGCCCAGUGUGCCUACAACUCAGCCAAGGCCAAAAACAAGUUCCACUUUUGGGGCAGUCAGUGGCAACAUGGAGACACCUUACUGUUUGCUUUGGCCUGUGCUCAGAUCAUGUAUGCGUAUGUAAUGCGGCCAGAGACCUUGCCAGAUUCUUAUAACGAGUUCAUUGUGAAAACUGGACCUAUAGCAAGGCCCGUCUUGAAAGCAGUACGUGAGAGCUGCAGGGGUGGGGGCAUAGACGUUGCCUCUCUCGCAGCAUUUGUGACCAGUAAGACUGGAUUGCCUAUGUUCGGAGUGCAUGCCCAUUCUCCAAUUAUACCUUGCUCAGCCGUGCACCCUGACACGGCUUCCUGCCUUGCACAUAACACCAGAGCAACACGGGCAACAUUCAAGAAAACUUUUCCGCUUUAUUUGUCACUCACUUUUGUGCCCUUCGUCGUCCUGAACAUUCAGAAGUUCAUGGAAGCCCCGAUACAUACUUUUUGGAAUGCUCUAAAAAGUGCUGUACGUUCAACAAGUUUCUUGUCUGCCUUUGUGGGCGUCUAUCAGGGCGUCAUCUGUGUCCAAAGAAAACUUGUUACAAAGGAUCAUAAAAGUGUCUAUUUCUUUGCUGGAGCUAUAGCUGCGUUGUCAGCUCUAUUGGAAAAGAAGAGCCGACGUUCAGAACUUGCUCUCUACACACUUCCUCGUGCCGCAGAUUCUCUUUGGUAUACGUUGGUGAACCGGCACUUGCUGCCAGACCUUAAGCAUGCUGAGGUGGCUCUCUUUUGCCUCUGUAUGGGCGGAGUAAUGUACUACCAUGAAUAUGAGCCAGAUACAAUGGCUCCAUUCUUGAGAGGCCUGAUCCGACGGUUUUUGAACAGGACUGGGACUCCAGAUCAAACACUUGAUUCUUCCUUAAGACAUCAGCCAUCUAUAGCCGCAGAGGGUUCUCAAGAGAGUUCUACCCACCCUUCAUCUCAAUACUCGACGCACGAUCAUGGAUCGUCAGCUCGCUCGCUAAGUCCCAAGAACGCUCAACCAGGUCCAGACCCGGCAGACGCUGCAGCGAAGCUGCAAGCAGAAGCUUUUGAAGGUCUCUAAAUGAGUUUUCAAUUCUAUAGUUUUAUGAUUCCUUUGAGGUACAAGAGUGAACAAGAGCAGCGUAUAUCCGGAUUUAGGUUUUAGGUUGGUCAUCGAACAACGGUCAGGUUCCUGGAACGGGAAGGAAGUUAUGUGUAGCGAUUAUCCGAAUCGUUGCAUGCAAUACCCUAACUUGUCGAGUCAUGGCAACUUGUACGUUCAGAUGCAACUCACCCUUCAUAACAGGAUGAAUGGGUAAGUGGAGGUGCUCUUACGAACUAUAUUAGAUCGUAUCCCUUUCCUUUUAUGUGGUCAGGAUUAUCCACUUUGUCCUCACCUCCUGUGUCUUGAAAAGCGUAAGCUUCAUUCUUUAUAAACCUCCAUAGCCCCGGAAUUGGAAGGUAGUCGAAAUGUUCUCCUCGAGACGAAUAUGACCCGACUCUCUUUGAGUGCAGAAUGGAUGGUUUUGUGUGCUCCAGCAACCUUUUUUCAAGUACCAGCUUUCAAGAUAUAAUAGGAGUUGAGUGGCCAGUCAAUAACGCAGUAUGUCAUGGUUGAGGCAUUUUACAAGAAAGUAGAUGUCAAAUUUUGUGCAUGUACCUUUUCCUCGUUGCUUGAUGGGGAAGCUCUAUUGACCAUGGAACAGCACAAUUAUAGCGAUGACAUUUUGGUCGGUAUUCUGCUAGCUGAAUGAGAAUUCGUUUAGUCUUGAAACUGAAUAGCUAGGUUUCAGAGGACGUUUAGUGUGGUGUUAUGUAUCAAAGUGCCGUGGUUGACCGACUGGAAGUGCUGUACGGUCAAUGAAGCCUUUUCUCAGUGGCUGCUCCCCUACUGUAGCUCAAAGAGCCAAAUGGAUGAGGACAACAUUAGUCCUCUUGUGUCCACACCAACGCGUACUAUCGUAACUUCAUGAGUACAUCUGAAAGCAAGUAGAUUGUGCUGCAGUCUUUUACUUUACAUUCUGCACUCAGAGAGCGUGUUC